GUUCCAUACAAAUCCUGGUUUUGGCACUCCAGUGGGAGUAAUAAGCGAAGCAAUGGCUUUCUCCCUCGGAAGUUUGACGGCCUUCAACACACUCUCCUCCACCGCUCGGAUCCAUAAACCAGCUCUCUACAGAGAACCUCAACAGCGGGCGUCACGUUUCUUCUCCUCGAAUCGCUCCUCCUCUCCCUGCAGUUCGGCUUUCCUUUCUCUCCGCCCACUUUUUUCCCCUUCACCUCUUCGCUCUCCCAGAUGGAACCCAGCGGCAGCGGAGUCGGAGGACGCGCCUCAGGCGGAGUCGCCGGCACCGGAGCCCGUUGAAACUCAGAUAGAGGCUGCUGCUGCCAGUUCUACUCGCAAGGGCGAGGAUGUCUUCGCAGUUGUGAUGAUUGGCUCGAGACAGUACAUUGUCAUCCCUGGAAGGUUUAUCUACACUCAGCGGCUAAAAGGUGCUAAUGUUAAUGAUAAGGUCAUACUAAGCAAAGUUUUAUUGGUUGGAACCCCAAACAAAGCAUAUAUUGGGCAACCUGUAGUAACCAAUGCUGUAGUCCACGCAGUGGUGGAAGAACAAGGACUGGACAAGAAAGUUAUUGUUUUCAAGUAUAAGAAGAAGAAGAAUUACAGAAGGAAUAUAGGUCACCGGCAGCCAAAUACAAGGAUAAGGAUCAUCGGCAUCAGUGGGUAUGAAGCCUACCCCGCUGACACUUUGCCAGAGCCAGAGUCUGUAGCUGCAUAGGUUAGUGCUACAAUGUCUGAUCCUGUUGUUAACUAUGUGAAAUUUCUUUAAAGUGCUGGACAGUAAAUUUUUUCUCGGCUGUUAGAAUGAAGUCUAAUUCAUUUCCUGAGAGUACUUGCCUAGAAAUUUCCUGUUUUUUGUG